AUCCCUACUAGGGAAGUCAAGAAAGAAAGAAAGAAAGAACUGGGGAGGCGGGAGGAGGAAGAGAAUUUGGGCUGAUUCCUCCUCUCAUUCCGCCGCGACCUCGGCGGCGUUCAAGCUACCCUUCUCUCUCUCUCUCUCUCUGAGAGAGGGAGAGCAAGAAAGAGAGAGAGAGAGAGAGAGAGAGAGAGAGAGAGAGAGAGAGAGGCAGAGAGCAGGAAAACAGUCGUACGGGUUGCCGAGCUUCUGGAUCAGGAUUGGAGGAUUUAUCCCAAAGACGGAUCGAUCAGGGGUGGGGUGGGGGGAGUUCAAACGGCAGCCAAGCGAGAAGCCAAACCAGCACCCACAGCUACAAACUGGGUUGCGUUUGCAACUUUGCUCCAGCCCACCUUCGUCCGCCGUAACCCGGGAUGGCUUCUAAUUUUAAUGAUAUCGUAAAGCAAGGGUAUGUCAAGAUUAGGAGCAGACGUUUGGGCAUUUAUCAGAGAUGUUGGCUAGUCUUCAAGAAAGCAUCCAGCAAAGGGCCCAGAAGAAUGGAGAAAUUUUCAGAUGAGCGUGCUGCAUACUUCAGAUGUUAUCACAAGGUUACAGAACUUAAUCAUGUGAAGAAUAUAUUGCGGUUGCCAAAAGGCACAAGGAAACAUGCUGUAGGGAUAUAUUUUAAUGAUGACACAUCCAGGACUUUUGCUUGUGAAUCAGAACUUGAAGCAGAUGAAUGGUGCAAAGUCCUUCAAAUUGAGUGCCUGGGGACUCAGAUUAAUGAUAUUAGCCUUGGAGAACCUGACCUAUUGGCUUCUGGUGUAGAGAGGGAACAGAAUGAGAGAUUCCAUGUGUAUUUGAUGCCGUCACCUAAUUUAGAUGUGCACGGAGAAUGUACCUUGCAGAUAACAUUUGAAAAUAUCUGUCUUUGGGACAUACAGAAUCCCAGAAUAAAACUCGUAUCUUGGCCUUUAAGUGCCCUCCGGCGAUAUGGACGGGACGCAACCUGGUUUACAUUUGAAGCUGGAAGGAUGUGUGAUACUGGGGAAGGCCUAUUCAUUUUCCAGACAAGAGAUGGGGAGGCAAUCUAUCAGAAAGUCCACUCAGCUGCCUUGACCAUAGCAGAACAACAUGACCACUUACUGCAGAGUGUGAAAAGCUCCAUGCUCCAGAUGAAAAUGACUGAGAGAGCAGUUUCUCUUGGUACCAUGGUCCCUUUGCCCCGGAGUGCCUAUUGGCAGCACAUCACGCGGCAGCACAGUACCGGACAGCUCUUUGGCUUACAAGAUAGCCCACUGAAGAUCCACAGAACAGAAACCUUUCCCACCUAUCGGUCAGAACAUUGAUAAAAUGGAGCCAAGGACUUUAACAAGCCAUGUGUGUCCGUGUUGAGAUAGACUGAUCCAACACCAAGGCUUGCAAUCAAACUGGACAGCAGAUGAAGGGAAGAAAGACUGGAUUAUAACUGCUAGAUUAUUUCUUAAUUUUCAGGAAGAGACUGGCUUGAAAUCAUCACUUGUAAUUUGCAGUGUUUCAUAAUCACAUCUGGAACAAAGAAACUUUCUUUCAGUAUGGGCUUCAAGUAUAGUUAAUAUCUGCUGUUGAUUUGUCCUUUGAUAUCAGUUGUUCAACAUUUAGUUCAUCCAUUUUGGUGUUUUCUUGAAUAAUGUAGUUUAUAGUCUAUUUUCUUGUUCCAACACUGACUGUAGCACUUUUCCACUUUUAAGAAUGGUUGCUUAUUUUUAGGAACAGGAAUCAGUUGUCCCUGUCUAUUAAAGUCUGGUUUUGUCUCA